UGCUUUUAAAAUUCCAGUCCCGGCGAGCCACCGCGCCAAGCGUGCCGUUCCCGCCUUCGUGGCGUCGGCCGCGGCGGAUGUCGGCGGGAAGGUGGUGUCCGCGCUCGGGGACAGGAUCGCGGAGGGAGUCGUGGAAAACCACCAGGAAAAGGUCGUCGGAGCUCUGGAGGACUACUUCUCCGCGCAGUUCGACAAGGCCGACGAGGAGUUCGACAAAGUCCUGGAUCGGGGCGGGAGCCUCCUAGCGGGAGUCGGUGAUAAUGUCGAAGAGGCCCGAGUACGGAUGAUCCACGGCAGAGGUACGAACACGGGCGACACGUACUCACCGGCUGGAUACGAACUGCGCAUGGACUUUGAGACGCAAGAUGACGAUGACGAUGACGAGCAAGACAGUUCUGACGGGAUGGCGCCGGCAAUCUAUCCCAUGGGAGUUGGACCCUUGCUGAUGAACGGCUGCUUCCAAACCAACUAUGCAGAAGGAGACCCGUGUUUCGAGGCUUUCGUGCCGAUAGAGGCCUGUGCUAACAUCAUCGACGGAGCGACGUUCCUGGGUGUUGGGUUUGACGGCCGAGGGGAAUACUCCACUGACUCCAGGAAGAAGAGCCUCAUCCAGCGAGCCUGCGAAGGACUGCAGGGCUACAAAGAAUACCACGUGCCUGACAUCAUGACCGUACAAGGGAUCUACAACACCGAUGCGGAGACGUACACCUUCUACUCCAUGGAGGAGUACCGGCAGUACCUGGAGGACAAGUCUGCCGUGACGUCAGCUACCGCCAUGUUCCAACAGGAGGUGAACAAGGCGUCAGGUCACGCGGGUGGUGGGUUAGUCUUCGGGCUGGUCGCGUCUGCAGGAAGCGGCUUCGCAGCGCAAUUUGGCGGCGACAACCAGGCGUCUAGUGUCCAAGCCAGCUCACAAGCAAGCGCUCAACUUUCCGAGACCUCCACUACGACCUUCAUGGCUAUGGUAGAGCUCAACGUCUUCAGGUACGAAAUUUUCCUGGACUUCGUUGGUCCUCAAAACUUGAACCUGGCGUUUCUGCGUGACUUCCUGGCUCUACCGGGAACGUAUUUCGCCAUAGGAGCAGACAAGGAGUUCCAAAAGUUCAUUCUGCGAUGGGGCACUCACUACAUCACGUCUGCAAAGUUUGGGGGGCAACUCAAGAUCAUCAAGACCAAGGAAGCAAGUUUUCAAGACUCGCAGCAGACUUUUGCGACGGCUGCUCAGUCCGACUUCAAGAAGCUCUUCAGCACCUACUCCGCCCAGCAGACGCAAUCCAAGUCCAGUAGCUGGUGGGGUGGACACGAGAAGAAGGACGAAUCAGCCGUUUCAACCGGCACAGCUUCCAGUGGAACAGAACAGUCGGAAAGCGUCAGUGAGAGGGAGCAGCAGUCAGUGAAAGUCUUAUCUGAAUACGAGUUCAGCAACGAAGUCCUGGAGGUGCAGGGAGGAGACCAGAAGAUUGCCGCCGCCAUUACCGAGUUCUACACAACAUCCUUCGGAAACUCCCUGAAAGACUGGCUGGAAUCUAUUGAGGAGUUCCCCAAAGCCUUCGAGUUCCGGAUGCUCACCAUCACCGACCUGCUGGACAUGAACUACGACUCGUUUUUUCCUCACGGAGUUGUGGACUACGGCUGCUUUGGGAGGAAAAUCCUGACUGUAGACGAGACAGGUCACAAGUAUUACGUUGAAGACAUGGUCGACGGCAACACCACCAAUUCCGAGAUCCGCUACUGCAACUUUGACGAGAAAACGGAUCUCGAAGAGGCUCUCACCGAGAAACGGCUGGCACUAAAGCGUGCCAUAGCCGUGUACUUGGAGGAGGGUCCUUUCCUUUCCUCCGACUUCCAAAUCCCGGCCGGAGAGCCCGGAUGUGAGACCGCGGAGUUGGCCCUUCUGGAAGAGUCCACAGUCGGGGCCCCCAGCUGGCAGGAGAUGAUCAGCGGAGGCGAGUUCAAGGUCGUCUUCAGCAUGCCGUACAGCAUUCCACAUUUUCUCGAUCCCUUUGCUACUGUCCACAUCAAGUUUAGAUCUGGGUCCGACAACUGGCUAACCAUCAGGGAAGGGCGUACCCCAAAGCUAUUCGACGGGCACCGAAAUGGCAACAGUGGUGACAUCACUCGGCACAAGGUUAGUGUCGGGGGUCUAGUCAUGACGUACAGCGAGAACAACAGCAUCUUUACUGUGACAGAAGAGGACUAUGAGGCAUCAGCAGCGGCAAUCCUGAACCUGCCUGCCUGGAUCAGCGGUAUGGAGGUGGCCAGGGCGGAGUACAAGUCACUGCUGGAACAGCUCAGCCACCACUCAAGUUCUACAGGAGGACAGAUGCCGUGUAACCUGCAGUGGUCCAACUCCCACCGCAUCGACCCCACGGACGGAGGGAAGUGCAUCCACUUCACGGCAGCCUCUGAGGGGGACAUCUACCUGGUGUUUGCCGGCGUGCCCAAAGACCAUCAGACCUGGGUCACUGUAGAAAUCUCUACCUCCGGCGUGGCUAUGUAUAAGGCAAUGCGGCUGGCGGUUACACAACUUGACAAGGGAGCCAAAGGCCUGGGAUCGGACAGACUGUACCAGUCCUACUUUGUCUGCGUCUCGGAGGACGUACCAGAAUCCUUAACAACGGUUCAGUUUGGAAAGACGCCGGACAACGAGGACCGCGGGCACGUUUGGCUAGACUACCAGUUCCCCGAGGUCCUGUCUCUGCACUACUACGCGUUCGGCAGCGGUGAGCACCCCGUGAAGCUGAUGGGAGUGACUCAGAUAUUCAAACCCGGGGACCUCAACGUCGUCUGCCGGGAGGGGACCGUCAAAGAAGGCGACAGAUGUGUGCAAGUCUGCCAUGCUGAAUGUAACGGCUGCAGGACUACGGGAUCUGACGACCCACGUGACUGCAUCGCGUGCCAGAACGCCCGACUCGCCUUCCCCUACCUGACUGGCUCCAUCGGGGAUUUCGAGUGUGUAGCAACCUGUCCGGGAAAUAUGGCUUUUGCCGCUGGAACAAGCAACUGCGAAUGUAUAAAGAGGAUGGAGGAGAUCCCUGAUGACGGCGUGGUGACGUGUGUAGCUGACUGUCCUCUCACCCACUAUGACGACAACGGCGUGUGCAGGAGGUGUAGCAGCCUGUGCUCUGACGUCAGUACAGAGGGUCGGGCUGUAUGUACGGGGCCUGCCGUGCACCAGUGCACCGUGUGUGCCUACACAGCAGCGGACGGCACAUGCCUAGAAGGAUGUAGCCCUGGAGAGAGGGCCGUUACCAGUGCGCCUUCAUCACCACAAGACCCAGGUGUGAACCUCGCCUUGAGUCGCCCCACGGCGCAGUCCAGUAUUUUGGGUGGACUAUCGGCCGGACUGGCGGUGGACGGCAACACUGACGGGACCCUCGGCGGUGGCUCCUGCACCCACACAAACCAGGACACGAACCCCUGGUGGCAUGUGGACCUGGGCACGGCACAAGCCAUCGGCAGCGUCGUCGUCUUCAACCGGCAAGAAUGCUGCCAGGAUCGACUGGACAACUUCCAGGUUCACGUGGGGGACUCUCCUACCGUGGCGUCCAACCCGCAGUGUGGCGGGAACAACGCGGUGACAGAAGCAAGCCCGCCGGACAUCACAGUAGACUGUGGCGGUCUCAGGGGCCGGUAUGUCGGGAUCCUACUCCCCAGCCCACAAUACCUCACCCUAUGCGAGGUGCAGGUGUAUGCGGGUAUGAUCACAGAUGGCACGUUUACCUGCAGGCUUUGCCAGUCUGGCUACAAGUGUGUCAACGGUGAUGAGGUGGAAGAGAUGUGCCCGGCUGGGACCCACAGCACAACGGACCGGACGGCGUGCGAUCCGUGCGCCAUAGGAGAGUACAGCAACGCAGGCUCCACCGCCUGUCAGCAGUGCCCGGCAGGAACGUUCGGGACACAGAGUUCAGCAUCCAGCUGCGAUCCCUGCCCAGCAGGACAGUACAGUCCCUCCGCAGGGUCCACAGGCUGUCAGACCUGCACGGCGGGGCAGUACAGCAGCGCGGGCUCCUCCUCCUGUCAGCCGUGCUCGGCAGGGACCUUCAACACCGCGGAGGGAUCAUCCAGUUGCGACUCCUGCCCUGUUGGCACAACUAGUAGUGCGGGCGCAACCACCUGCACGGCGGAUACAGCCGAUGUCCGACUGGUGGGCGGCCGUGUGUCCAGGGAGGGUAGGGUUGAAGUGUACCAUGACGGACAGUGGGGGACGGUCUGUGACGACGACUUUGACAUGAAUGACGCCAACGUCAUCUGUCGUCAGCUGGGGUACACGGACGCUCUCGAGGCCCGAUCAAAUGCAGCGUUCGGGGCGGGGUCCGAUCCGAUCUGGCUGGACAAUCUGAACUGCGAUGGUUCCGAGACAAACAUCGGGCGGUGCGGACACAACGGAUGGGGCACACAUAGCUGUCAGCACAGUCAGGACGCCGGUGUGGUCUGCUCGGACGGCAUCAGAUUGGUGGGCGGAAGUUCGUCCAUCGAAGGCAGGGUUGAAGUGUACCAUGACGGGCAGUGGGGGACCGUCUGUGACGACGACUUUGACUACUACGAAGCCAUGGUCAUCUGUCGUCAGCUGGGGUACGAAGACGCUCUCGACGCCCGAUCAGGAGCAGUGUAUGGGGCGGGGUCGGGUCAGAUCUGGCUGGACAACCUGGCCUGCGAUGCAAACAGUGGUGCAAACAUCGGGGAGUGCACCCACAACGGAUGGGGCACACACGACUGUCAGAUCAGUCAGGACGCCGGUGUCCUCUGCUCGAACGGCAUUCGACUGAUGGGCGGAAGUUCGUCCAGCGAGGGCAGGGUUGAAGUGUACCAUGACGGGCAGUGGGGGACGGUGUGUGACGAUGUCUUUGACAUGAAUGACGCCAACGUCAUCUGUCGUCAGCUGGGGUACACGGGCGCUCUCGAGGCCAGAUCAGAUGCAGCGUUCGGGGCGGGGUCCGAUCCGAUCUGGCUGGACGACUUGAACUGCGAUGGUUCCGAGACAAGCAUCGAAGACUGCAGCCACAGCGGAUGGGGCACACAUAACUGUGGGCACGAGGAGGACGCUGGCGUGGUCUGCCAAGGAGGAGCCGGUACCGGACUGCCGAUGGUCGCCGGCUACUCGGUACGACCGGGAAACUGUCCCGGGUGGGAUGACCAUCCGGUAUACAGUGGCACCGGGCUCUCUCUGCAAGACUGUGCCCGCCUAUGCAGCAGCAGUUCCCAGUGCGUGGCCUUCAUGUUCUCCAAUGGAAGCUGCAACUCGAAAACGAAAACCUGCGAUACAACCGAAUCACGUGACGACCCCAACAUGUAUUUCUACGACAGGACCUGAGUUGAGUCGCCGGACGAUCGCCCCUCCUCAUGGUUGAUGUUCGUCGAAACUACGAGGUGUCUGCGCACGUGUCCUGGACUACUUUCAUUCAUGUUUCAUAAUUUGUUCCAUUUCCAGGUUCUUAGUUUUUAGGUAGACUCAGUUGCAGUCUUUGGAAUG